CUUUCUUGACCUUUGCGCGAAAUUCACAUCAAGGACGAUGUCACUGUUCGAGUCUUAUGAGAAACAGUAUGGAAAUCUGACUAGCGACAUAACAUUCAAGCUAGGAAAAAUUCCCCAGUUAAGUGGUGGUGAAAGGGCGAAAGAAGUACAUGAUGUGUCAAUACUUUUUGACGAGACAAAGGAGUUAAUUGAACAGAUGUCUCUGGAAGUUCAGGAAAUGCGAUCUGACAUCCGUCCCAAAUUUCAAAAUAGGCUUGAGUGUUACCGAAAAGAAUUAGGAAAACUCACGACAGAAUUCCGGCGACCGCGGUAUGCCGUUCGGCGCCCUGACCAUAAGGAUUCACGCGGUUCCGAUGAUGAGGACAAUUUACACGAAGAGGUUUUGUUUGAUACAGACAUGAGAGCUCAACUUCUGAACAACACUGAACGAAUAUCUCGGACUACUACCAAAUUGGAAGAUGGUGUGCGAGUUGCUUUGGAAACAGAAGAAGUAGGUGGUCAUAUACUACAAGACUUAAGCGAGCAACGAGAAAAACUUCAAAGAAGUAGAGACAGGCUUCGUCAGGCAGAUUCUGAUCUGAAAAAGAGCUCUCGAAUACUUUCAGUAAUGACUCGCAGGCAUUUUCGUUCAGAGACAGAAACUUUGUUAGUUGUUUCACAUAUUACGCGCCGUUAACCUAUUUACUGACCAGUUUUUCUUCUAAUGCAUGAAUUUGUUACUCAUAACAAAUUAUCCACGUUUACGGUCCAGAGUUUUUGUUGGGAUUUGAUAGAGAAAUAAAAUCAUGUGUAAUAUUUCCUAGUCCCUUUGGUUUCACCAGCUCAUAGAUUGAGGCUUUGUGCAGUUAUAGAACUUAGUUCUGUACAGCUAGAAUAUGAGGCCAUUCUUCUUGAGAGCAAACUGAAAGGCAAUGUAGUGAAAUAGGUUUUUGGUAUAUAUGGUGCUAAACUAUUAAGGUUAUGUGAAACGGAACCUAUGUGAACUGUCUAUAGUUACUUAGUACUUUUGUGAAACAGAUAGUUAGUUACUUACGAGGUUCUACGUUGUAACAGAUACUGAGUAUGAAUAUUAUAUUGUGUAGAGGGAGUUAAAAAACACGUUGUGUGGAUCCUUUUUACUGCUCCAUUACAUUAAGACUUAAAAUUCUUUAAACAUUUAUAUAUAUUUGCCGCAUUUAUUGUGGUGUUUUCAAGUGAAUUAAUACCAUGUCACUUAGUUCCGUUUUUAACGCGGAAGGGUUAUGAUAUUUCAACAAAUCUUUCAAUGUUUAUACAUACAUGAGCCUACAUAUUUCAUACCAAUUAUAAUCUUAAUUUCAUAAUUUCUUAUCGCAUACUAUAAAAUAAAUGAAUAAGUACAUGUUUUAGGAUGUCAGUAAGGGAUCAUUACUGUUGUGCGGAUUAUGUUGUUUGUUUAAAAAUAUUCGAGCGUUAUUUGCCAACUUCCUUAUCUUGAAAAUCACUACUGAUUGAGGCUAAGAGAAUAGCAACAGGCACAAAGCAAUCAGAACAGUUAACAAAUUACAAUGCUUAAAUUCUAGUUCAAAUCAUAGAAAGUUGGGUAAUAGUAUCACACAAAACGUUGCAGUAGCAGCUCCAUUCCUUAUCUUGUAUUAGGGAAAAGUUAUUCGUUUAUAGUUUGUAUAUUUCUUUUUUGAAUUUUUCUAGUCUGCAUUUGGCAGUCAUCUGCUUAAUAUUAAAUGGUGUUAAUCAAAUAAGUGGCAUACAUACACUUCAGGACAUAAAAUUCAUAUGUAAGCAGUCUAGUUAUUUGUCAUUAGGUUAUGUACUUCCUCCUCAUCUGUGAUUCUAGAUUAUUUUCAUUUUCUUUCCCUUUUAGAAUUCUUCAAAACAAAUUCCUUCUAAUCACUGUGAUAUUUCUGAUUGUGUUAAUAUUUUUCUUAACCAUAUAUCUGGUCACCCGUCGUGCGACAACACACGCGAACUCGUCUUCUGCUACAAUAAACUCAUCUCACCCAUGACAUGUAGUUAUGUGUUUAUGUUUCUGUAGGUGGUUCUUUUUACACCUAAGCAGACAAAGUGGUUUUUAUUUAUUCAUAACUAUCUCAUUUUGUACUCCGGUAUAGCGUAUCUCAUCACAGUACCUAUUCUUUUUUGAAAAGUUUAAUUACAAUAAGUUGUACUUCCGAACAAGAAUCAUCAAUUUGCUGUUCAUCAUUACUUUUUAUUUGGUUUCUUCUGUUUUAUACCUUAUUUCUUCGACGGUUAGUUUGCUAAUAUCAUUAAAAAAUGUCAUAAAGGUAUAUAUAAGUGCUUUA